CCGCCGCUGGGCCGAGCUUCCCGGAUCCGAGCCCAGACGGCGGCGGCUCGGGCGGCUCGGGCGCCGCGACCCUCGGCGGCCGCUGGGGGACGGGGAGGAGGAGGAGGAGGAGGAAGAGGCGGAGGCUGCAGCGGCGGCGAGGAGGAGGGGGGUUCGUUCGCCUGUUCCAACGCAGACAUGGUGGACUGACCCCCAGCGGCGCCGAGAGCAGGGUUUCCAGAGGCGUCCCCCGCCCGUAGGCCCGCCGCGCGCCGCGCCCCGCGCCCCUCAGCCCCUGGCCGGCGCCCGCGUCGGGUGCGGCGGCCGGGCGGGGCAGCUGCGUUUCCGCCGCGUCCCGCGCCCGGCCCCUAUGGAGGCGCCGCUCGCCGGCGAGGCCGCCGACCAUGCCUAGGCGGGCCGGGAGCGGGCAGCUGCCGCUACCCCGGGGCUGGGAGGAGGCCAGGGACUACGACGGCAAGGUCUUCUACAUCGACCACAACACCCGCAGGACCAGCUGGAUCGACCCUCGGGACAGGUUAACGAAGCCCUUGUCAUUUGCUGAUUGUGUUGGGGAUGAGCUGCCGUGGGGAUGGGAAGCGGGGCUUGACCCUCAGAUUGGUGUCUACUACAUCGAUCACAUCAACAAAACCACACAGAUAGAAGAUCCAAGAAAGCAAUGGAGAGGGGAGCAGGAGAAGAUGCUCAAGGACUAUCUCUCAGUGGCUCAGGAUGCACUCAGGACGCAGAAGGAGCUGUACCAGGUGAAGGAGCAGAGACUGGCUUUGGCCCUGGAUGAAUAUGUACGAUUAAAUGAUGCCUAUAAGGAAAAGUCAAGUUCUCGCACAAGCCUAUUUUCAGGAUCUUCAUCCAGUACUAAAUAUGAUCCUGAUAUUUUGAAAGCUGAGAUCUCCACCACGCGAUUAAGGGUUAAAAAGCUGAAGAGAGAACUCUCACAGAUGAAGCAAGAGCUGCUCUAUAAAGAACAAGGCUUUGAAACGUUACAACAAAUUGAUAAAAAAAUGUCUGGAGGCCAGAGUGGAUAUGAACUUAAUGAAGCCAAAGCCAUUCUAACUGAACUGAAGUCUAUCAGAAAGGCUAUCAGUUCAGGAGAAAAAGAGAAACAAGAUCUGAUGCAGAGUCUUGCUAAGCUGCAGGAGCGGUUUCAUUUGGAUCAAAACAUUGGCAGAUCUGAGCCAGAUUUGAGAUCCAGUCCUGUGAACUCUCAUUUAUCUCUCUCCAGACAGACCCUUGAUGCCGGGUCACAAACCAGCAUUUCCGGAGAUAUCGGAAUGAGAAGUAGAUCAAACUUAGCUGAAAAGGUCAGGCUAAGCCUACAGUAUGAAGAAGCCAAAAGAAGUAUGGCCAACUUAAAGAUUGAGCUGUCGAAAUUGGACACUGAGACCUGGCCUGGGGCGCUGGAUGUUGAGAAAGAGAGACUGAUGUUGAUUCACGAAAAAGAAGAACUUUUAAAAGAGCUGCAGUUCGUCACGCCGCAGACGCGCUCUCAGGAUGAGCUGGAACGCCUGGAGGCUGAAAGGCAGCGGCUGGAGGAAGAGCUGCUGCCCGUGCGGGGUGCGCCGAGCCGAGCUCUGGCCGAGAGAUUGAAAUUGGAAGAGCGAAGGAAAGAGCUGCUACAGAAACUUGAAGAAACUACUAAAUUAACUAGUUACCUGCAUUCGCAGCUUAAAAGCCUGUCCGCCAGCACCCUGUCCAUGUCGUCCGGGAGCAGCCUGGGCUCCCUGGCGUCCAGCCGUGGCUCUCUGAACACCUCCAGCAGAGGGUCGCUCAACUCCCUCAGCUCCAGUGAGCUCUAUUACAGCAGUCAGGGGGACCAGAUGGACGUGGACUAUCAGUAUAAACUGGACUUCCUUCUGCAAGAGAAAGGCGGGUACAUUCCUUCUGGACCCAUCACCACCAUCCAUGAGAACGAGGUGGCCAAGUCUCCUGGCCAGCGUGGACUGUGCGGGGUGGCAGCCACAGCUGCUGGCCACACCCCCCCACUGACCGAGGCCCCCAAGUCUGUGACGUCCCUGUCCUCGCGGUCCUCCCUGUCCUCCUUGUCCCCUCCUGGCUCACCGUUGGUCUUGGAGGGUGCGUUCCCCAUGUCCUCUCACGAGGCCACGCUGCGUCAGUUCACGGCCGACUUCGACGACUGUGAGCUGAGCAGCCGCUUUGCGGACAUCGGCCUCAGGGAAAAUCAGGUGCUGCUGGACGCUGAUUCUGGAGGAACGCCCCAGCCGGCCUCGGAGGACCCAGACCUCAGUGAGUGCCCCAGGGAGCCUCUGUGUGAAGGAGUUGCAGACGUGGAAAAAUCACUACCAAAAAGAAGAGGCAUCCACUUGCUUGGGGAGAAAACUGCUUGUGUGUCGGCUGCUGUAUCGGACGAGUCUGUGGCUGGGGACAGUGGCGUCUAUGAGGCUUUCAUGAAACAGCCUGGUGAACUCGAAGACGCUGCGUGCAGUGGAGAGGAUGCUGCCGUCGUGGAGACUGCCCAGGUGCAGAUCGGACUCAGAUACGAUGCAAAAAACUCGAGUUUCAUGGUGAUUAUAGCACAACUUCGAAAUCUUCAUGCCUUCUUGAUACCUCAUACUUCAAAAAUAUAUUUCAGGGUCGCUGUGCUUCCCUCCUCAGCUGACGUCAGCUGUCUCUUUCGGACAAAAGUCCAUCCGCCCACAGAAUCCGUUUUGUUCAGCGAUGUGUUCCGAGUGGCCAUCUCCCAAGCAGCCUUACAGCAGAAGACGCUGCGAGUAGAUCUGUGCUCUGCGAAGAAGCACCGGAGGGAGGAGUGCCUGGCUGGAACUCAGAUCAGCCUGGCAGAUUUGCCUUUUUCCAACGAGAUCUUCACUCUGUGGUACAACUUGCUUCCUUCCAAGCAAAUGCCUUGUAGACAGAAUGAAGAAGAAAAAGAGGAUUCCGUAUUUCAACCAAACCAGCCAUUGGGAGACUCUAUAGAUCUGGAUGCAGUGUCAACCUUGCUUGCAAGAACAUCAGCUGAGCUAUUGGCUGUAGAACAAGAAUUAGCACAAGAAGAGGAGGAGGAACCAGAGCAGGGGGGUCCAGAUGGCGACUGGCUAACGCUGCUGAGAGUGGCCGCCGCCGACAUUGUGGCUGAAGAUGAGGCUGCAGUUAAGUUGCUGGAGGGCAGUAGCUGCACCCCAGACUCCAGCUCACGAGCUCACGUUCCGGAGAUGAGUGAAGGCGGCAGUAGGAGAGGAAGCGAGAGUGCCAAAGACCCUGGGAGUCAGCCGCCGAUGGGGACGCCCACGCUGGUUGAUAAGGAGACGAACACAGAUGAAGCAGUUAGCGGGGGAGUGGCGGUUCGGCCCAAAGAGCGAAGUGGCCUGAGCCCGGGCCGGCCACCGCUGGCACGGAGCGGCAUGAUCGUACGCUCACAGACCUUCUCGCCGGGCCAGCGGAGCCAGUACGUGUGCAGGUUAAAUCGAAGUGACAGUGACAGUUCAACGCUGGCUAAAAAAUCCCUCUUUGUGAGAAACUCCACUGAACGGCGCAGUUUGAGGGUCAAAAGGACGGUGUGCCAGACAGCCCUUCGAAGAGCGGCGCAGGAGUGCCCCGUGCGCACAUCCCUAGACCUAGAAUGGAUCUGCAGGCUGGAUCUGCAGGCAUCUCUGACCCGCCAGAGUCGCCUCAAUGACGAGCUGCAGGCCCUCCGGGGCCUGCGGCAGAAGCUGGAAGAACUGAAAGCUCAGGGAGAGACAGAGCUGCCGCCGGCCGUGCUGGAGGACGAGCGGUUCCAGAAGCUCCUGAAGCAGGCUGAGAAGCAGGCUGAACAAUCGAAAGAAGAGCAGCAGCAGGGUUUGAAUGCAGAGAAACUGGCAAGGCAAGUCUCCAAGGAAGUGUGUCGGCUUCGUGGGCGGAGCCAGAAGGUGCCUCAGCAGGUGCAGUCCUUCAGGGAGAAGAUGGCCUACUUCACCAGAGCGAAGAUCAGCAUCCCGUCCCUGCCGGCCGACGACGUGUGACGCCAGCGCUCAGACCAUCUGCCUCCACCUGCUCGGUGAAAGAUGGAACGUUUGUCUUCUUUCUUCCUUUUUUUUUUUGGGGGGGGGGGGGCUGUGUGUGACGUAAUUGUCAAUUCUUGAUGGACUUUCAUUUCACGUCAUAUUUUCAACAUGUUAAUUUGUAAAAUACUUUGAAUAUAAUAUUUUGAAAAGAAAAAAAAAAGACUCAGCUAACAAAAAUGGGAUAAUGUGGCCCACAAAUGAGCUUGUGUGUGUACUGCCAGUGGGCUUUAUCUUGUCAAAGUGGAACGGAGGCAGGACCUGGCGUGUUUCCCCCUCCGCUGACUGCUGAGAAACCACUUGGGUCAGCGGCUUUUCCUAGAGCAGUGUUUGCUUUUCCCGGUUGUCCCCGGAGUCGCCAUCGGGUCGGCAGCGGCGCCACGGGCGUUCUUGGAGAGCAGCUCCGGGAGUCCAGUGUGACUUCCUGCCGCCCGGGUGGCAACACUUUGUCUCCUGGAAACAAGUUCCUUUUUGUCUAAAGAAGACGUAAACCGUGUGAGAAUAUCACUGAGAGGCGCGGCACCCCUGGCCCGCAGGAAGAGCCUGUGACGCUGGCGCUGAGGGCGGGAGGAGCGCGGGAAACCUCGCUUCCUCUGGAGCGGCGCCGCCCCGCGCAGCCCGCAUCUGCGGAUCCUCGCGAGCCUUCCCGUGUGGGCCCCUGGCUGGCCCCAGGGCGUCCCAGAGACAGCACGGGCCUACGGAAGGCUGUCUUGGUGGAGUCAGAGUUGCCAAAAAGAAGGAAGGGAGAUCAGGGGACGGAUUUCAGAGUCCCAGCCCCUCCCCUCCGUGCGGGCAUCUGCGGUUCAUGGUAGACAGGGAGGGGGGCCAAGGGGAGAGCGUUGAUGUGGGGCUGAAUUGUUUGCAAGAAGGAAAAAAUUACUCUAAAUGAACAAAUUCAGAAAUAUAAUAAUGUGCCCUCCUAAUAGAAUUUUAGCUUACCCAGCCCAGGCACUACUUAAAAAAAAAAAAAAAAAAAGUCCUCGAUGUAGCCCUGCCAGCUUAAAGGCUUCUAAAAUAUAUGUUAUUUAAACAACUUAAACUACCCUUGUUAUUCUGUCUGUUAUAUUAGAAGAAGCACAUUUUAGACAACUAUCUUACAUUGCAAACUAAACCAGUAAUUUUUAACAAUUCCAAAUCAUCGUAAAGGAACAGGCCCUUUAAAUAAGAAAGUGUUAAAAAGUCCCGUUUGUAAGUUAGAAUCCUCACUAGCAAAAAUUUUUACUGUCUUUAAAUUUACUGUACAUAUUUUAGAAAGCUCAUUUUAGCAGAAUCAAGGAUCAAAUUAAGCAGUUUCUGAGCCUAGAACUUUAUUUUUUUCUAAAAUCCCACCACUUAUAGGAAUAUACAAAUUUCUUGUUAGAUAGAACUGGACAUGACGUUGCUUUGAACAGAAACCAGCCUAGUGAAGCGACUGAGCACCGGCCUUCAAGGCUGCCCAGCUUGCUCUGUUAGAUGCCUAAGAAGAUCCAGUUAAAGAAUGCCAUUCGUCCUUGUUGAGGUCAAAUGUGAGAGACAGAAGUUUAUUUAAUGUAAAGUUAAUGAAGGUCAGCUGAUUUCAGCUUCUUAGUUUGACCGUGAAAAUGUUUAUAGAGUUAUGUGUAGUUGUACCGUACGAUUUUAUUUUCUUCAUUUAUUUAUUUACGGUAUUAUUUAUGUUCUGUUUAAUAUAUAGUUUGGUUCUGGCCAUUUUAAAUGUUCGACAUAGAAGAGGCUAUAUUGGAAUAUUUACAGCUUUAUAAGUCUCCAUCAGAUUAGCUGUUAACUUUUUGUAACACAAAAAGUUUCAGAUAAGUAUUAAAAAAAUAAAAUCUGUCUCGGGCUGGUAGUUAACAGUUGUGACCAAGAUGCUUUUGGUUUUAUUUUACAGAAUUUGCUCAUUUCUAACAUGAGAAACAAACUUACUUUAAUAUAACUUUUUCCACACUUUAAAAUCAGCAAUAGUGUUAUGUAUUUAUAGGCAGCUUUUAAUAAUACUGUCAUAUUUGUACUAACCCAAAUGAUUCACAGUGACAAAACAUUUUACUAACAUGAUCACAAAACCAUAUGGACAAAUACGAAUUUUAAUAUUAUAAAUGCUAUUUUUAAAAGGUAGGACUUAUUCUGCACAGGGUAAAAAGAAUGUAAUAUUUAGUCCUCAAUUUUGAAUUAUCAGUAUGUAAUUACAGUUUUGUAUAUCAGAAUCUUAAGUGUUACAGGUACAAAAAAGAAUAUGGCUAGCCAAAUGAACAAAGAUUAGCUGAAUCUCUGUAGGAUGCAAAUCAAAUAAACUUAAAAUCUUUGGGGUUUUUGCUAUUGCUUUAUUAUAUUGUAUUAAAUAUCAAAGCUCAGGACUGAACUAAAUACUUAAUCAGGUUAAAUUCUGAAUAUGUUUCUGUUUAAAUUUGUCUUGUUUAUAAAAGUAUGCAAAUACAUCAUGUAGAUUAACUUUGGUUUCUGCACUUUCCAUGUGUUUGUGGGUGGAAAAAAAAUCAGUGGUUUUUCUGUUUCUUAACAAAGAUACAUCUGCAUAAUACUUUAUUUUGCUGUUGUUUAUUGUUCACUUAAUUUCCCUAAUUGGCACAAGCAUCAGAGUUUACUUAAACCAUGGACCAAGCACAUAUAAAAUCUUUCAUGAACUUCCCCAGCCCAGCAGUUUGCUGCGAAUAGUUCCCGUUUAGACUAUGAAAUACGUCUGUUCUGCAAAUCAGACAAAGGGCUCUGGAACGUGCGCUCAGUCGGGGGACUGCUGAGCUGGCAGCACUCCCAGGAAGCCCUGUGCCCAUGCACACCCACCGGUCCCAACCGCGGCUCAGAGCCAGGGGCCGGUGGCAGUGUUGGCCAUCAGGCACAGAGCAGGGAGGAGGGGUUAGAUUCUAAGUGAAUCUUCCAAAAUGCAAGGUUGCCCUCCUGUGCUUGAAGGCGUGAAUGAGUGGGGCUGGCUUUUGGAAAGCCUCCAUAGAGGCACUGAGGAAAGGAAAUGGUGUCUCCCACGUCUCUCACUUCCAAAGUUUUUAAAGAACCAGCAGGCUUUUUGUUUUUUUAUGUACAAUCAGAUAUCAUGCAUUUUAAAUAUGCGAUGAGACCUUAGCUUAUGUCUAAUAGGUUAUUUCAAACACCUGAAAGAAACCAGUGGUUAGCAGUGGCAUUUCCAAUUGCCAAAAUAAUUCCCCUCCAUAUAAAUAAUACCUUCAAAGAUACAUACGCAUUUGAUACAAUGUUUUAUUUACCAGCUCUGUGCAGUCACUGUGCCUGUUUUAAAACUGAGAAAACUCACUCACAGUAAGGAUUGUGAUUGUAUUAAGUCUUGAUUGGUUUCCGUCUUUGAGAAGAAGGUAAAAGUGCUUUACCAGUCGUAGAAAGAAAUUCUAGUUUAAGAAGGUAAAUCCCCAGGGGGAGGGGGGCUUGCAUUUUGGAAAAGCAGGAGCAUAGUGAAUGGUGGCUGUGGAGCAGGAAGUCCUACCAAAUCCAGAGCUGAGCCAUCUCCUGAAGCCUGGAGAGCGCUGAUGCCUUCUGGCUUAGACUUUCAGGUUGGAGUUUUUCAUGGGCAGUUGUUGACGAAGAGCUUGCAAGUCUGCCACCGCGUAGUGGCCGGCAGCGAGCGGAGCCCGGGCGGAGCAGGCUGCACAGUGAAGCAGACACCCUCCCACGAGGAGGGAGAAGCCAGCACCCCAGCCCAGGAACAGGGCCUCCCCAAACUCCCACCGGGGCACAAUCUCCGGAAGGGUCUCGUCCCAGAACUCCUGGACCGUCACGUGGGCCACCCACGAGACCGGCACCAGGGCUGUGAUGCCUGACGUCCAGGACAGGAUUCCCCCCAGGACGAGCAGGCGCUUCUUGAGCUCUUGCUGGCUCUCUCCGAUUCUCAAGCAGUCCAGGCCAGACCCCGAGACCAGCAGGCCCAGGAACCCCAGCCCGUUGCACAGAAACAUGAAAAUCCUGGCGAUCCGGAGUUCAGCAGGCAAAGCCAGGAAAGAGUCGAAGCCCUUGCACUGCGUGCCCACUUCCUCCUGGACGACACAAGUCUGCCAGAGUCCCAGGGUCCAGUGUUCCAUCUCAUUUAAGUCCAGGUUGAGGUUCUUCCAGAGUGGCAGGUAGUUCGUAAGACAGGAUAAAAUCCAUCCCAGUAAAGAUAGUGAAAUUCCAGCAAACUGUGCUGCAGUUCUAAAUACUAAAGCCAUUAUGAAGCCCUGUGGGCUUUAGCAAAGCUAACUCCUGCCGUUCAGUUGCUGUGAAAAGAAGUGUGACACCUGUGUUAUCACUUGCCGAGUCAGAAAUAUUUUUUCGUUGUGUAUUUAGGAGGAUUCCUGCCAGAGUUGCUAUUGUUUGGUUCCAUGUUGAAUAGGUUUCCGAAGAAAGAAGAGAGGGAAAUAAUGCAAACCAGUAAUGCCAAGGUGUGGCCGAGACCGUGUUCAUGUCCUGUGGGCUUGGUUUUGUAGGAAGCAGUUUGUCACUGAAAUAAAACUCUUCAUUGUUAAGGUAUAAAUGGCUCUCAUGUUGUCCUCAGCCUUUCUAACAAGUCAAAGAAUUAAGUCUGAAUGCACAGGUGUUUAAUUGAUGGUUUUCAUUUAACUCCUGCUUUCUGUCUUGCUAAUUGCACCUGUCAGAUGUUCAUCUGUUGUAGUUCUCAAAUUUCAAUGUGUGUGUUACGAUGAUACUGGAUGUUAUCAUUUUUUAAAAAUAGAUUCAAGAAAAGUAUUUCUUAACCAAAUAAAUCAGUCUUACCAUAAAA